CGUAUAAAUGGCCCGGGAGUGGCGUCCCAGCGCAGAGCCGACCGUCUCUCACUCCAGCGGCCCCCUCCCUCUGGACCCGAGUGACUCAGGCUUUUGUUUGCCCUUCCCGGCUGAGGCGGGGGCCCUCCCUCAGCAAGAUGCCGGAGUGCUGGGAUGGGGAACAUGACAUCGAGACGCCUUAUGGCCUCCUGCACGUGGUGAUCCGAGGCGCCCCCAAGGGAAACCGCCCAGCCAUCCUCACUUACCAUGAUGUGGGCCUCAACCACAAGCUGUGCUUCAACACCUUCUUCAACUUCGAGGACAUGCAGGAGAUCACCAAGCACUUCGUAGUGUGCCAUGUGGAUGCCCCUGGACAGCAGGUGGGGGCGUCACAGUUUCCUCAGGGGUACCAGUUCCCCUCCAUGGAGCAGCUGGCAGCCAUGCUCCCCAGCGUGGUGCAGCACUUCGGGUUCAAGUACGUGAUAGGCAUCGGCGUGGGAGCUGGUGCCUACGUGCUGGCCAAGUUUGCGCUCAUCUUCCCCGACCUGGUGGAGGGGCUGGUGCUGAUGAACAUCGACCCCAAUGGCAAAGGCUGGAUCGACUGGGCGGCCACCAAGCUCUCUGGCCUGACCAGCACUUUACCUGACACGGUGCUCUCUCACCUCUUCAGCCAGGAGGAGCUGGUGAACAACACGGAGCUGGUGCAGAGCUACCGGCAGCAGAUCGGGAACGUGGUGAAUCAGGCCAACCUGCAGCUCUUCUGGAACAUGUACAACAGCCGCAGAGACCUGGACAUUAACCGGCCCGGAACAGUGCCCAAUGCCAAGACGCUCCGCUGCCCCGUGAUGCUGGUGGUCGGGGAUAAUGCGCCCGCUGAGGACGGAGUGGUUGAGUGCAACUCCAAACUGGACCCAACCACUACGACCUUCCUGAAGAUGGCAGAUUCCGGAGGGCUUCCCCAGGUCACACAGCCAGGGAAGCUGACGGAAGCCUUCAAAUACUUCCUGCAAGGCAUGGGCUACAUUGCGUACUUGAAGGACCGAAGGCUGAGUGGAGGAGCAGUGCCCUCGGCCAGCAUGACCCGGCUGGCCCGCUCUCGCACCGCGUCGCUCACCAGCGCCAGCUCGGCGGACGGUGGCCGCCCGCAGGCUUGCACCCACUCCGAGAGCAGCGAGGGGCUGGGCCAGGUCAACCACACCAUGGAAGUGUCCUGUUGAAGCCCUGUCCCACUCAAGACUCCAGGCCACACCGAGGUCCCACUGCCAUCCUUGCGCCAGCUCAUUUUCCCUGUACUUUAUUUUUGUGAGGGCGAAGGGGAAGAAAAGGGGUUAUUUCUCUUUUGUUUAAAGAAAGUGGAGGGACUCACCUUAGAUGCGCUUCAGCGGAACAGUCUCCAGGUGGUUUGAGGGCUCACUCCUCCCCACCCCGUCUCAGUGUGUUCACCGGGCCAACUUGGACCCCACUCACCCAGCUCCCCAUGGCUGCAAAGUCGGGGCAGGGCUACAGAAAGGGGAUUAGUUAAGGAGAGUCUGUGUCCUUCUCUGGCCAGGAUCCAGAAUCAUUUCUGGAUUCAGGAAAGCAUAUGGGACCAUGCCCUGGGCAGGCAGGGUUGGAAAUGGGAGGGGUUUUGAGAUGGCGGGUGUCCAGCUUAGAGAAGACACAGCAGCGGGAAGCCGGGGGGACCUAAGAGCCCUGGAGCUCUGAAGGCCCCUUCUUGCCCCACCACCAAGCACACCUUUUCUAUCUUGGUUAUUUGACAAUCAUCGGGACAAGAGCCACAAGAGGGUGCUCUGACCGGGCAGCCACGUUUCCGGUGCUGAGUAGGGGCUGGUGCUGGAAGGCCAGGCAGACAGGGGCUAAAGACAGGUUGAAUUUGGAGAACCCUAAGGCAUGAACCCCAGACUGUCCCUUCCAGCUUACAUACCCCACCACCUGGUUCUCUCUUCUUUCUGAGCCAAGACCUCCCUGAGGCAGAAACCACCUGGUCCUUUGUCACCACAGUGACUCAACUAGAGGCUGAGGGAAAAGACUGGGAUGGCCCGAGCAUGUCGUAUGCAGUCCCAGGAACAUCUCCGUGACUUGUCUUCAGGAGCUGGCAGGUGGCCACAGGCAGGGGUAGCUGAGAGCCCCUGUAGCUCCCUUUUUUGCCCCCAGGUACCACAGAGGACAUGCCAGUGAGCAGCAGGGUGGCAUUUCUAGGCAGAGCUCUGGUCAGGUUGUGCCGCGCCCCACAGGCAUCUCUAAGGUGAAGAGGGUACUUCAGUACUGGUCCAAGGCCUGCUCUCGGUGGAGCAGGCUGGGGCUUGCUGGGUCCUGGGAGGAAGCUGAAGGAUCCUGAAGCAAACGAGGGCCAGGCAGAGGAGAGGUUCCCCCUACUCCCCAGACCCCUCCUGCCCUCUGCAGCUCAGGACUACGCUGUACGCUGCCCACCCACCUGACCAGGCAGGAAACUUCUUGGCCCAGAAACCAGAGCUAUUUGAGAGCUUAAAUCCAUCACCACAAACCCCCCAGCAAAGAGGGGAGAGAGGGCAAUGAGAACAUGGACUGUGGAGGGGAAGGGACACGUCACCCCGUCUAUAAUCUCACGCCAUUUCUAGACUACUCUAGAGCCUGGUGGAGUGCUAGUCUGCCCCAGUUCUAUCCACUCAACGUGCUUCCUUUGAAUAUUGAAUGUGAUUGUUUGAAAGCUGGUAGAAUUAAUCCCCCUUCCUGUAGAUAGCGCUGCAAAUCUUGGAAUUUUCUUUUCUUUUUUGCUGUGUUCUUUCAAAUGAGAUAUCUAUAAAUAUCUAUACAUUAUAUAUAAAUAUAUGUAUAUUGGGUCCUUCUGUGUGUGGUUUUCCAUUGGAGGUUGUCUCUUUGGUCAAGGUGAACUUUUAAUGACAUUUAUUAUUUUUCUCUCUGUACAGAGCAAAGAGCCUAAUUUUGUGUAUUCUGGUAGCUGAUGUCAUGAGACUUUGCGAUGAAAAAUGUAAAACACAUAAAAACCCUUAUCAAUGUAGAAAGAGUUAACUAAUAAAGAAUCUAAGAACAAUGA